GGUAAUAAAGAUGUUAUUUAUAUCGUUUGAGACACAGCCACAAUGCAAACUGUGAUAUGCACACACAUAUAGCUCAUUGAAAAACUCUUUACAGUGUAAAAAUGAUCUUUGCUGAAACAAACGAACACCGAAGAGUGUGUGCUAAGGAUCAGACGCAACAGUUUCUUGAGUUAUGCCACUUGUCAGCCUGGAAACUCGUCCGUAUUUGUAUUGAUUGAAAUGAGCGCAGGUUUAAGUACCGAGUGCUCUCAGCCAAUCGAAAGGGGAUCCCGUUAAACGCUCGCGUUCGCGCGUCUCCUCUAAUGGACCUGUUAAAGAGCUCGAGCGCACCUUCGUCCGCUGACAUCUGACCGAAGCGCCUCGGAUCCGACCGCGAGCCGUGUCCACUUUCUGCGCCUCCUCUGUAAGAGAACACCGAAAUAAGAUAGAAAUACUCCUGAAAUUUGGAAAAUGCUCGAAUGUCAGGAGUCCGGAGCGAAAAGCACACCGGGUCAUCGGAUUUCCUUUUCGAUUAUUGACAUACUGGAUCCUAAAAAGUUCACGAGUAAGAAAAGACACGCCGUGUCGGAGAAAGAACGGACGUCUUCUUCAGAAAUCACAGAAUUUGGAAGUUUGGAGGAACGGCGUAACGGGAAAGAAAGUCCGGGGCACGAAGGAACGCUUUCCAUCUGCAAAAAUAAAGGUGUUCGCUUAACUGAUGUCCAUCAAAGCUGCGUCAGACUCCAUCCUCCCGAUCCAGACGCCGACUUGGACUCCUCAACCCCGCUCAGAAACGUAAGACCUGGCUUUUCUCCUCGCGAAGAAGCAGAUGAGACGGGGGAAGAGAGGAUGACCCCAGCGCCGGACGAUCUGUCGCGUCAGCGGCGGCGGCGCGCGGACCACAGCUGCGCGAAGCCGCGGCGCGCCAGAACCGCGUUCACGUACGAACAGCUGGUGGCUCUGGAGAACAAGUUCCGCGCCACGCGUUAUUUGUCCGUGUGCGAACGGCUGAACCUCGCGCUCUCGCUGAGCCUGACCGAAACCCAAGUCAAGAUUUGGUUCCAGAACCGAAGGACCAAGUGGAAAAAGCAGAACCCCGGCGCAGAGAGUUCCCUGCAACCCGGCACGAACAUCAGCCCGACCUGUGGGUCCGCAUCCGCCCUCCACCCUCCAUACAGCGCCGGGAACGUCAUAUUUCAUUCCGCCCCGGUGCACCUGGCGUCUCCCGGGGGGCUUUUGCAUCCGUUUUUACCCGAUGGCUUUCUCCAGCCAGCAUUCUUCCCCCCGCACUUAUGAAGUCAGGAAGGAGGAAAGAUCACGGACUACCUGUAUAUAUGAAUUUAUAAAGCGGAUUGCUUUUUCAGUGAUCAUCCACAGCGUGGGCUUGAUUAGGCCAAAUUAACUUACAUGUAGCCUGACUGUUUUCACUGAAAGCUGUGAGCAGAAAUAUAGCUAAGACUGAUCCAACCCUGGGCGUCAAAAAUGAUAAAUCUGCACACACUAUUGUAAUAAUAGGUGAUCUGAGAUUGUAAUCACGGCCCAACUUGGCAACCGCCGCAACUCUUAAAGCUGAGAUGUAUAUAUGUAUCUUUCUUUUGUAAUAUAUCGGUCCUGUCAGCAAUUUGAUACAUCACUGUGGAUUAAUAACAUAGAAUUGCUUAAAUAACCUAAAAUGAAAGACACUGGAAAUAUUUAAAAAGCUGUCCUCAAUAAAAUCAGAC